AUGACGCGGAGUGCACUUGCCCCCGAAGCGCCUUCGUCUCUCCCUACGAGUAUGUCGGCCAUCAGCGAGCGAUCGCCCGUCUCCACGACGAGGUGGAACACCGACCGUCUGGGGACGCGCCUGGGGGUGGAUAUCGCCAGCGCGGCGACGGCGGGUGCGCUCACCUGCCCGGUCAUCACCGUGAUUGAUCGCGCGAUCAUCGAGAAAGCAGCCAAGGGCCUUCCGAUCCAACAGACGAUCACCUCAUGCUUCCGCUCCAUGGCCGCCCACCCGGGGGCCUUCUUCCUCAGCACGCCGUUCCUGCUGAUCUACACGCUAUACACCGCGACCUACCUGACGGCCAACACGAUCGACACGGUGAUGUCGACGAUGCGCGACAAGCCCUUCUCGACGGUCUUCCCCGGCACGGCCAAAUUCUUGUCGACGACGGUCGUCAACAUGGGCAUCUGCGUAUACAAGGAUGCCCGAUUCGCGAGGAUCUUCGGGGCGUCACCUCCCGGCAGUAAUGCCCCCAGCACUACCGUCACCACACCCCCCAAGCCGAACGCCAAUUUCUCCCCAACAAUCACAAUCCCCCGCCCCCAACACACCACCACCGCUGCCUCGUGCCACCCGGCCACCGGCCCCGGCGCCCCCACCGUCCCGCGCAUCUCCUACGCCCUCUUCUGCCUGCGCGACAGCAUCACCAUCUUCGCCUCGUUCAACAUCCCCGCCCUGCUGGCGCCGCACAUCCCCGACCGCGUCGCCGCCACCCCCGGCAUGAAGGCGGCGCUGGCGCAGUUCAGCUGCCCCGCGCUCAUGCAGUUCGCCAGUACGCCCAUGCAUCUGCUGGGCUUGGAUCUGUACAAUCGGCAGCCGCCCGGUGGGCUGGGGUGGCGGGAGCGCGUGGCGCGGAUCCGUAGGGAUUAUGUGCCGAGCUGUUUUGCGCGGAUGGGCAAGAUCGUGCCGGCUUAUGGAGUUGGCGGGGUUGUGAAUGUGCGGAUGAGGGCUUGGUUGAUGGGGGGGCUGGAGGGGAGGUCCUAG